AUGUGUGCCGGGGAUAUCAUUACCGAUCAUCAAGCAGCUACUACUUGUAGGCGUUUGAAGAUCGUAUUUAAGAAAACGACGUUAACUGAUCAGCCGACAAGUAUUCACGAAAACAUGAACACAAAUCACGAUGAAAGUCGUACUAGAAACUCUUGCAAGCGAUUAAAGAUUGUUUUCAAGAAACCAGAUACUUGUGCAGAUGAUCAUGAAAGCAUGACCAAAAAGCAUAACGGCGUCAGUGGCUGGGCAAAACAAGGCAUCGACUCCGGCCACUACGCCCGCAAACUCAUGAAGAACUCGGCUGAUGCAGUGGUAGCUCUAAAAGGAACUGACGGAAAUCCGAUAGGUGAUCCUGAGAGGAUUCUCCAGGAGGCUUUCUCCAACACAACUGGCGUCCAAGGGGCGUCCACGGCUUGCAUAGUCAGCCACAACGACGGGGUUUUACGCGCCGCGAAUGUCGGGGACAGCGGGUUCAUGGUGUUCAGGGACGGGAAAAUGAUGUACAAAUCGCAGACUCAGCAGCGCCGCUUCAACUGUCCCUACCAGUUAGGGAACCACAGCUCAUGCGACCGUCCUGAUUCUGCCAUUCAAAUGGAAGUCACGGUUAUGGUGGACGACCUUGUAGUGCUCGGGACCGAUGGAUUGCUGGACAACAUGCACGUCGAGGAGAUUGAGAAAAUCAUUGCGAUGACGAUGGUAGCGAAGGCAGAGAGAGAAGGAAAGACGGUGGAGGAGAAGUUGGCGAGGGAGAUAGCAGAAGCCGCGUAUUACAAGUCGUUGGACAAGUAUGGCGAUUGUCCUUUCGUGAGAGCUAGUUUAUUGGAGGGGAAGCAUCACAAAGGAGGAAAGGUGGAUGAUAUAACUGUUGUGGUUGGGAGGAUUAUCCAAAACUAUGAUCUCCACAUCAAGAUCAACUCGGACCAAAAAAGUACCCCGGAGUGA